UCAAUUAGGAAGGAUGAUAAAGAUGGAGGCCCGAGUGACCAGCAAGGCACGCUCUGAAUAUCCAACACCAAAACCCAAACUACUCCUUUCACAUUGGAGUUAUACUUCCACUAUAAGAACCAUGAUUCUUCAACUGAUUUCAGCAUGAAAAUUAAGAUUACAAAUCUCAAAUUGAUUUCUCACUAGUGAGACGAGGAGCAAUCGAGUUAAUUAAUCGAGAAUGGAAUAUCGCGCGGUGGUAGUAAUUCCGCUCAUAUUGGUGGUAGUGCUUGCUCUAGCGGUAGAGUUGGAUGCUGGAGGGAUCUCUAUCUAUUGGGGUCAGAACGGGAACGAAGGAACAUUGGCAGAGACGUGUGCCACAGGAAAGUAUGAGUUCGUGAAUGUAGCCUUCUUGGCGACUUUUGGCGCCGGUCGGAACCCGAUGAUAAACCUUGCUGGCCACUGUGAUCCGUACAGUCAUGAUCCGUACAGUCACCCUUGUACCGCAUUGAGCGCCGACAUCAAAUCAUGCCAGGCUAAGGGAAUCAAAGUGAUGCUCUCGAUUGGAGGCGGGGCUGGUAGCUACUCUCUCGCAUCCUCUGCUGAUGCACAACAAGUGGCAACCUACCUCUGGAACAAUUUCUUGUGGGGAAGUUCGUCUUCUCGGCCAUUGGGCAAUGCAGUCUUAGAUGGCAUCGACUUCGACAUUGAAGGCGGGACUGGCCUGCACUGGGAUGACCUUGCCAGGUAUCUUUCAAGUUACAGCAAGCGUGGGAAGAAGGUUUACUUGACUGCAGCUCCUCAAUGCCCUUUCCCCGAUGCAUCUGUCGGCGGGGCCCUCAAAACCGGUCUAUUCGAUUAUGUCUGGGUCCAAUUCUACAACAACCCUCCAUGUCAAUACUCCUCGGGAGAUAUCGGCAAUCUGGAAGAUGCAUGGAAGCAAUGGACAUCGAGUAUCCGUGCCACUAAGAUCUUCCUAGGUUUACCUGCUUCGCCCGAUGCAGCCGGAAGCGGUUUCAUACCAGUAACAGGCCUCACAUCAAAAGUACUACCAGCCAUCAAAGGUUCCGCAAAAUAUGGAGGUGUCAUGCUCUGGUCCAAGUACUAUGAUGAUCAAAGCGGAUACAGUAAUUCCAUUAAAAGCGAUGUCUAA